AUGGAUCUGAAAGUGGAUAAGAAAACUUGCAGCGGCUGCCACACUACCAAAACCCCCCUCUGGAGAGGAGGCCCAGCUGGUCCCAAGUCACUGUGCAAUGCCUGUGGGAUUAAGUACAACAAAAAGCGGCGGCAGCUACUCGGACUUGACAAAGGAAAGCCACUCAAGAAAAAGAAGAGAAGCAACGUCGCCGGCCAGAGUAGCGGUGCACGAGGUAGCCUGAAAACGCGAUUUAUGGUGUUCGCCGGCGGCGAUUUGUCGAUUUUGAAGAGGUCCAGCAAGCUGAUGGACGAGCUGAGGGAAGAGGAGCGCGCGGCGGUGGUGCUCAUGGCUUUGUCCUGUGGGUCGGUUUAUGCUUAG